AUGGGAGUUUCAAUAAUGAUAAAAGAAGAUCUAGUUGCAUCUGAUGGUAUAAUAUAUAAUUCAUCUUUGGAUAUUCCUUAUCAACAAUAUCAAUAUCAAGUGGGAUCUAAUUUAAUAAAUCAAGAUUUAUUUAGUGGACAAGAAAGUCCUGGAUUAAAUUUUAAUGAUAAUAAUAAUAAUAAUCAAGAUGAUGGGUUUCCCUUUGAUCAUACAAGACUAGAUUCAACAACUAUAAGUCCAGUGAUUGAAUCACCGGAAGGUGGGGAUUCUACAAUUAUUGGUGAUAAUUAUUCUCCUCCAAAAUCAAUAGCAACAAGUUUAAAUUCAAAUAUGAUUGGAUCCAUAAUUGGAAAAUAUAAUUAUAGUAAAUCUACAAUAGAUUUGGAAAGAAAAACUACUCAACCAGAUUUAUCACAACAAUUAUCUGCAGAUUCUAAAAAUUUCCCUUAUGGUGGUAUACAUUAUAGACAUAAUUCUGAUACAUCAACUUUAUCUAAUCAAUCUACAACUGAUCAAUUAAAUAAAAGUAAGAGGUUUGUAAGAUAUGCUAUGAAUACUCAAUCACAAUCUACCAAUGCUUCUAAGAAAUGGGAAAUUAAUAAUGUUGUGAAAUGGUUAGAGAAAAAUCAAUUUAAUAAAUCAUGGCAAGAUACUUUUAAAAAUAAUGAGAUAUCAGGAAAUAGAUUUUUAGAUUUGGAAAAUUUUGAGAAGGAUUCAAUGAUAUGGAAACAAUUUUCGAAAUAUUUGGAACUUGAUAAUAAUAUAAAUUCAAUUGAUAGGUUUAUUGAUUUACUACGGCAGGAGUCAAAUAAUGAAGAAAAUGACGAAAAUAUCUCCCCAGUUAAUUUGAAAAAUGAAUAUAGAAAAUCAACCCCAGCUUUUACAAAACAUAUAUCCAGUUCAUCAAUAUCUUCAACAAACUCAUCUACGUCAAUACAACGACCUACAUCAUUCAUAGACAAUAAACCGAAAGAUCAAUCAUUAUCUCAUCAUCUGUUUUUUAGGAAAAAUAAUAAUAGCAAAGCUGAUAAAAAGAAGAAUCCAGCGGAUGAAAACAAAAGACAAUCGAAAUUAGACUCAAAAUUGACUGGUGGUAUCAUCAAUACCAUUAGGAAAUAUGGAGGUGAUAAAGCUGUUGGGAUGGUGAAAUCAUCAACUUCAUCUAAUAAAAACGAGAGAAAUAGCGGCUUAUCAUUCUCAUCACUGAAUAUUCCACCAGCAUUAGAACCAAAUAUUGAUAUACCUCCUAUACCAAUGCAAAUACCACAAUUUCCAAAAGAGCAUAGAAAAUCAAUGGAUAGUGCUCAAUCAGCAACAUCAGUCCCUUCAUUUCGUAUUGAUAAUUAUUCAACUGGACAAACUACUGCACCACCUGCUAUAGAUGAAAUUUAUGCACCAAAGCCUUUAUUACAAGAAAAUUUAACCACAACUAUCUUGGUAAGUAGAGAUAAUAAAACUUUUGCAGCAAUUUCAUUAUCUAGUAAUGAAAUAAGUAAUGGAGUAUUAGUGCGGAAAAAGAUCAUACAACAAUUGGGUUUAUUCAAUAUUGGUACAAUAUCUAUUCAUUUGACGGAUUUUAACUCACAAGAAGGGGAAGCACUACCUGAUGAACUUAUAAGCCAAAUAUUAUUAACUCAAAAAUUGACCAAAUUUGUCAUAAAACAAGAAAUAGAAUCACCACAAGGAACUAACACAAUAUCUACAACAUCAUCAGAUUCAAAAUCAUUUGAAACAAGUAAUGAACAUAGAACAUAUCCAGCAACUCCUCAGUAUCUUUUGCAAAAUAUAAAUGAUCCAUCAGUUGAUUAUUUGAAUUUCAAAGAGCAGCAAGCUAAUUUAUCAAAAAUUAUAGAAAAUCCUAUAAAAUUAUCACCUGCCAAAAGUCCUGAAAAAAGUCCGUCGUCAACAAAAUCUGUAUCUAAACAAACUCAGACUAUUGAAACUUCAUUUGUUAGUAAUACACCCAACAAAAGUAAUCAACAUCAUCAUGGUUUCCCAUUAAAGUUCCCCUUUGGAUCAAGUUCAAAGAAGAAAACCCCUUCUUUACAAAUUGAUACCACAAAAUUCAAACAUUCUUCACUUUCUCCAGAUUCAACUUCCUCAUCGUCAUUCAAAGUGAUUAGAAAAGGAGUUAAUGAAAUUGAUUUUGAUCAAAGAAGAAAAUCACCAUAUGAGAGAAAAGCACCAAAAUUAAUCCCCAAUAUCUAUGCAUCAUCUGUGGGGGAUAUGGAAAAAUCUCCAAUAUCAGCAACAACUGUAUCAACAUUUAGAGAUGAUCCUAAUUUGAUGGUAAAUAAAUCAUUUAGUAAUAGAAGUGAAAGAUCUGAUUCAAUUAUAGCAAGAAGGGCAGCACCACCUCCACCAAAUGAUCGUAAAAAUCAACUUCUGAUAAAAAGACAAAGUUCAAUUAAAAAUAGUUCAAGUUUAAGGAGAAAAUUAGAACCUACUGAUAGUGAUAAUGAUAAUGAUAAUGAUGAUGAUGAUGAUCUUGAUGACUUUUUUGUCAAACCAAUGGUCGAUAAAACUGUUGAUAUUCUGAUUACACUGAAAACAGAUGAAAUUGAAGAUUCAAUAAAUUAUUCUGAUUCAGAAAAUGAGUUUUUCGUCAAACCAUUAAAACAAAAGAAACUGAUGAUGAUUGUUAGACCACCUAUUGAAGAAGUUUAUGAUAAUUUAGAAAGAUAUUUCCCGUAUACUAAUCUUGAUAAACCUAUAAUAGAUGUUGAUACAAGUUCACCAAUUACAAUCCAAAAAAAGCCAACAAUAUCAAGAACUUUUUCAAAUGCUAAUAUUUCACCAUUAAAUUCAAAUUUAAAUGGUCCUAGAAUAAGAAGAAUGAAAACUAUUAGAGGAGUUGCUAAUGAAGCUAGAAAAAAAGCAUUAUUAAGAAAACAAGAAAGUCCUCCAAUAACAUUUGCAAGUGUUUCAAGAGAAAAUAGUUCAAGAUUGACAAGAUCAAAUACUAAAAUGUGGGGUCAAAAAGUCGUUGAAGUUACAGAUAAAGAAAUUGAAAAAGGAAUUGUAAGUAAAUUAAAAAAUAAAAAUGGAAUAUUUCAAGAAAUUGCAUGGAUAAAAGGUGAAUUAAUUGGAAGAGGAUCAUUUGGUGAUGUUUAUUUAGCAUUAAAUGUUACAACAGGAGAAAUGUUAGCAGUAAAACAAGUUAUGUGGAAUAAAAAUUGUGAUUUUAUUUCUGAUGGAAUUGAAUCAUUACAUAAAGAAAUUGAAACAAUGAAAGAUUUAGAUCAUAAAAAUAUUGUACAAUAUUUAGGUUAUGAACAAAAAAAUAAUAUAUAUAGUUUAUUCUUGGAAUAUGUUGCAGGAGGUUCAAUUGCAAUGUUAUUAAAAUCUUAUGGUAAAUUUGAUGAAAUUUUAAUAAGAAUUAUAACAAAACAAGUUUUGUUGGGAUUAGAAUAUUUACAUGAUAAUAAUAUAAUUCAUAGAGAUUUAAAAGCUGAUAAUUUAUUACUUGAUAUUGAUGGUACUUGUAAAAUUUCAGAUUUUGGUAUAUCUAAAAAAAAUAAUGAUAUUUAUAAUAAUGCAAAUAUGUCAAUGAAAGGUACAAUAUUUUGGAUGGCACCAGAAGUUAUUGAUAAUUUAGUUGAAGGUUAUAGUGCAAAAAUAGAUAUAUGGUCAUUAGGUUGUGUUGUAUUAGAAAUGUUUGCAGGUAAAAGACCUUGGUCAAAUGAAGCAGCAAUAAGUGUAAUAUAUAAAGCAGGUAAAGAAAAAAAAGCUCCACCAAUACCAAAAGAUAUUAUACAUUUAGUUAGUAAAGAAGCUGAGAAUUUUAUAAAUAAAUGUUUUAUAAUAGAUCCAAAUUUAAGACCAACAGCAGAAGAAUUAUUAAAUGAUCCAUUUGUUAAUAGUAAUAUUAAAAGUUUUAAUUUUGAGUCAACAGAAUUAGGAAGAAUUAUAAAAUUUAAUAGUAAAAUAUCAGUAUAA